AUGCCUAAUCCAUCAGAUCAUGAACUACAUUCUACUCCAAGUCAGCACUCACUCCACACGCUUACGGAUUCUGAUGAAGAACAACUUGAAAAUGAGGACACAGAUGAAGAGACCGAGGAGGAGGCUGAUCCCACAAAGACGGCUGGACCGUCAAAGGACGUUGAACCUGAAAAGAGCGCUACGAAGGAGGACAAACCCGCAGUUAAUGCUGCUACCUACUCCAAAUAUGUCGACCCUUUGAAGACGGGAGCUGAAUUUGUUGCUGCUAAGUACAAAGAGAAAAAGGCAAAAGAAAAAGCGGAAAGAGAAAAAGAGGAAAGAGAAAAACAGGCAAAAGAAAUAGAGGAAAGAGAAAUAGAGGAGAGGGAAAAACAGAAACAGGAAACAGAAAAUCAGACGAAACCUUCACCGACUCCUGAGACCCCAAGACCGCCAGGCCACCGACCGUCACUAGAUAAUCCAACAAUACCACCACAUCAAGCAGGACAUGGGUAUCAUCCACUGGCAACAUCACCGCAUUUUCCGGUGUCACCGCCACAUCACGCAGGACAUGGGUAUCGUCCACCGCCAACAGCACCAUAUCACUCACCGCAACCCCUUCCACAAACAGCAGGUCCCUCCCCUCAAACAGCGAAAAAGGGAAUAGCCGGCUGCAUUGCGGCUUUUCUUGCUACUGCGGCUGCCAUAUGUUUUUGCUGCGUUAAAGAAAAUAAGGAUGAUAAUUAA